CUCAGUGGUGUAUCUGUCUCUGUUUCAGGUGGACAAGCACAUUCGACGGCUGGAUGCUGACCUUGCCCGAUUUGAAGCUGACUUGAAGGAUAAGUUGGAAGGCAGUGAUUUUGAAAGCCCUGUGACACAAACCUUAAAAAAGGGGAGAAUUCCAAAGGAUAAGAAAACAUCUCGUGGUCGAGGCCGGCGGACAUCAGAGGAAGAUGCUCCAGUGAAAAAGAAACCAAAACGAAGAUCUGAAUUAGCUGAUACCAUCCUGUCAGUUCACCCUUCUGAUGUCUUGGACAUGCCAGUGGAUCCCAAUGAACCCACAUACUGCUUGUGCCAUCAAGUAUCUUAUGGAGAAAUGAUUGGGUGUGACAACCCUGAUUGUCCAAUUGAAUGGUUUCACUUUGCUUGUGUGGAUCUCACGACCAAACCCAAAGGGAAAUGGUAUUGUCCUCGCUGUGCGCAGGAGAAGAAGAAGAAGUAGAAAUGAUGUACAAUAUGAAAAAAAUUUAAUAUAUUCAUAUGUUGCAGAAUUUUGUUUUCAUCACCAACCCACCUUGUUUGGCCUGAAACAAAGCAGUAGCCAGAUGUUCUCUUUAUUAGCCAUGCUAAUGAUAAAAGUGGGGUAUAUAGGAAGUUCAUUAGUGAUGAUUAUUUGGGUUACAAAGUACAAUUAUGUGUCACUGUAAUCAAAGGUAUGAAGUACUUAAAAAGGUAUGAAGGUCUGCACUGGAAUUUCUGCUAAUAUACUGAACCCUGUGAAAACUGCCUGUGGCCUUUCAUGUGAAGAAGAUAGCAUUUUUUGUUGUCACAAAAUGUAGUCAUUUUGGGAAGCUUUCACCAGUGUCAUUUCACUGGCAGAAUGACAUGUUUUCUCUUAUAUUUCCCAAUGCAUCCUCUAAAAUUAUUGUAGAGAUUUGGGAUGAGCAUUGGGAAACACGUUCAGAGUGAAGUAUGAAUCCUGUUGCGUGAGAA